GAAGUUACUAGUUCUGUGAGUGGGUGUCCUAAAAUGGAUUAGAAGAGGCAGUUCACCUAGAAGCGGACACUAUGCAGUGUAGUUCUUGAGUACUCCCGCCCAUCCGGGAAAGUUCACGCGCGAGCGAGUUACCGAUCUAAAAAGCCCGAACGAAAUAUGUCUAAGUGUGCAGUGUGUUGUGAGUGAGCAGUAGGCGGCGGAAGGAAAAGAAGAAAGUUCAAGAACGUCGCGGAUCCCCUUCGCGCGCGCAAGGAGUGGCCUCCGCUCCGCUUGCAAAACAGUCUAGGAAUUGCUUCGCCGGCGCCGCCGCGGCGCUGAUGGAACGGUUUGCCGUUGGUUCGGUGGGUUGUUUGGUACUACCAUUGUUGUUACCCUAAGUUGUUCUUCGGGCCGACGGGCAUUCCCCGGUUACACAUAUAGCCCCCCCGGGGAGAGAGGUACCGUAAGAAAGUUGCAAUGGCAGAAAAGGUGGUCAAAGAUAAGAAUGGCCAGAAUGAUGCUCUCAGAACGUCGCUGCCGGUGCCUAUGUUCUCCCGUAAUGAGUUCAACAUUUGGUCAGUGUUGAAAAAUUGUAUCGGAAAGGAGCUGAGCAAAAUCACGAUGCCGGUCGUCUUCAACGAGCCCCUAAGCUUUUUGCAGCGCAUGACGGAGUACAUGGAGUACGCGAAGCUGUUGCGCAUCGCCUCGGAGCAGCCGACACCGCUCGAGCGCCUGAAGUACGUAUCCGCGUUUGCCGUGUCGGCGCUGGCCUCCAACUGGGAGCGGCUGGGCAAACCGUUCAACCCGCUGCUGGGUGAAACGUUCGAGUUGACGCGGCCCGAGUUUCGCAUCAUCUGCGAGCAGGUGUCCCACCAUCCGCCAAUAUCGGCGUUUCACGCCGACUCGGAGAGCUUCCGGUUCCACGGGUCCAUCCACCCGAAGCUCAAGUUUUGGGGCAAAAGUGUCGAGAUCCAGCCCAAGGGCGUGGUAACGGUCGAGUUUCCCAAGCUGCACGAAGCCUACUCCUGGACCAACGUCAACUGCUGUGUCCACAACGUGAUCGUCGGCAAGCUGUGGAUCGAGCAGUACGGCCCGAUGGAGGUCGUGAGCCACCAGCACGGUCUGAAGGCGACCCUCAACUUCAAACCGUCCGGCUGGAACAACAAAGAUUUGCACCGUGUCGAAGGACACAUCGUCGAUCGCAACAAACGCAAGACACACUUCCUGUACGGCAAGUGGACGGAGUUCAUCAAGUGCACCGACUACGUUUCGUACGAGGAGUACAUCAAGGAUAACGCCCACAAGUUUAAGCGUGGAGAGGAACGGAGCAAAAGUCCCAACGAGUCCCCGGGCAACACGCCCCGGAAGGUGCUGUCGAAGUUGAACAGCCUCAAGAUGAGCUCCUUCCGGAGCCUCUCCAUCCAGGAGCCCGAUGAACCCCCGGAGCCAUCGGACGGUGAUGGGAUACCGAAGAGUGACUCUGCUUACUCGAUCGACAUUCCGAACUCGGUGCUGCUGUGGGAAGCUGAUGCGCGGCCCGACAACACGGCCGAGUACUACCAGUUCACCAAUUUUGCGAUGUCCCUCAACCAGCUCGAGGACCACAUGAAGCAACCGAAGACGCUCUGCCCGACCGACUCGCGGCUCCGGCCGGACAUACGCAAGCUCGAGCAGGGCGAUCUGGACGGUGCGGCCGCAGAGAAAACUCGGCUGGAAGAGAAGCAACGCGAGAGCCGCAAGAAAAGUAAAAAGACGCACGAGGAGCAAGUCGUGUUUCCACGAUGGUUCACGCAGCAGACCAAUCCACACACCAUGCAGGAGGACUGGAUCUACAAAGGAGGCUACUGGGAUCGGAAUGACGCAAACCUACAGCUGGACAUAUUUUAAAUGACACGUGCGCUUCAUACUUGACAGCCUAGUAGUCGUCUAGUAGGUGCGCGAGUGUGCUUCAUCCCCGUCUCAUCCUCGGCGUAGUAGCAGGCUUUGCAGACGGUUUACAACCGCCAACUCUUGAUGUGCGUUUUAGCAAACAAUGGAACAAUAAGUAGACAGCGCCCGCGCGUACCGUGUAUACUAGCCAUUCAUUCCUAAAUCGAAGCUCCUCCAGGCGCACGAACGACCACACUCCACACACAGAGCUCUAACUCUUCAUUCGAAGGGAACACUCACACACACACAGACACCAUCCGCCGGAAGCGGAAACUUUUGGGACAAUAUAAUUUUAGCGUGUAAGAAAUGUCGGCUAUCGACGGUGAAAACGAAUAUCCCUCCCUACCUAGAAACGUGUUUUCCUACGCCGCCUCCUGCGAUUCGAUCCACCUUUCCAGGUCAAUUAUGUAUGACACUUCAUAUGGCGCUCGAAACAGGGGUCAUCCUUCCGCCAUCCGCCAUUACUGUGUGUCUCUUGGCAAUAGAAAGCAUUCAAUAGAUACUCAUAUACCACAAACAACACACACACAUACAUUAAAACGCUCGGUAGGGACGUGAACAAUAUAAAACCAAAAGCAUAUAUACAAACGUACAUUGUUGAAGUGUCUAUAAAGCAACCGCAGUGUGUAACACAAUGUUACCGGCAGCAGUAUAUAGCAGCGUACCUAGAGUUAAUAAUAUGUAUUUAUCAGUAGGAAUGAGACAACCCUGUUACGAUGA